CCCCACCACCACCAUCACCCUGACUCAAAACAAGGACACGUGAACGGCACGAGCGGGACACGCCUGCCUUGAGACUUUGGCGAAGUUUUGCGUGAUACUUUUUCUGUUGUUGUUGCAAACUUUCUGUGCCAAGAUGGACAUUUGCGUCGCCCAGCAGCAGCUCCUGCCGACCGCCUGCUUCUUCUCCGCCGCCGCGGCGCAGAGCCUCCAGCUGAGCCCCUGCAGCAGCAGCAGCAGCAGCGGCAGCGGCGGCGGCGGCGGCAGCGAGGGCAGCGGGAAGUCGGCGUCCAAGCAGCCCAAGAGGCAGCGCUCCUCCUCGCCGGAGCUGCUGCGCUGCAAGCGGCGGCUGAACUUCGCCGGCUUCGGCUACAGCCUGCCGCCGCAGCAGCCGCACGCGGUGGCGCGGCGCAACGAGCGCGAGCGCAACCGCGUGAAGCUGGUCAACAACGGCUUCGCGACGCUGCGCGAGCACGUGCCCAACGGCGCCGCCAACAAGAAGAUGAGCAAGGUGGAGACGCUGCGCUCCGCGGUGGAGUACAUCCGCGCGCUGCAGCAGCUGCUCGACGAGCACGACGCGGUGAGCGCGGCGUUCCAGUCCGGCGUGCUGUCGCCCGCCAUGUCGCAGGGGUACGCCGCCGACAUGAACUCCAUGGCGGGCUCCCCGGUGUCCUCCUACUCGUCCGACGAGGGCUCGUACGACCCCCUGAGUCCGGAAGAGCAAGAACUGCUCGACUUCGCCAACUGGUUCUGAGCAAUGAGCAUCUCUAUGAGAAAUAUGGAUGAACUCUGAUGUGGUGCGCUUGGGAUGGUCCCGGUCCCGGUCCCGGAGGAGGAGGAGGAGGAGGAGGCUGCUGGGCGUCCUCGAGAACAAGAUGCACUGUACAAACGCGUUUCGGUCCUCGCGUCCUUAACGCCCCACCUGUCCUCUCAAAGACUGACGGACAGACGAGGCCUGGAAGUCCUGGCAAACUUUGGGGGAGAGGAAGAAAAAAAAAAUCAGAUCAGA